UAUUUUGCUCUCUAGUGAUUGUGUCUAAAAACCGUGUAAACAAACAUAUAAUAUUGCUUUAUUUCAGUUGUAUUUAUUAUAUUUAAAAGUGUUCAUUUGCAUUUAACAUGCAAUAGUUGUGUUACGGAUUAAUAAUUUAAUAAUCAUUUUAUUUUCAAUUGCAUUGAUUUUUAUGACCCAACAUGGCCCAGGAAGGAAAUUCAAAUUCGGACGUAUUUUAUGUUAAAAUGGAAGCUGACAGUAUGAAACCUGUGAAAACAGAGCCUGCUUAUAAAAUUAAACUAGAGAGUGAUAUAACAGACAAAAUUAAUUUGAAAGGAGAACUUAAGAAUGAGCCAGGAGACAGCUGCCAAAAUUCAUCUCCUGCAGAUUCUGAAAUGAAAUUUAAUAGAAGUUGUGAAACAAAUAGUGUAAAUCAUGAAAAAAUAGACUCUAGCGAAGUCAAUGAAAUAGAAAAAUUAUUAGUGAAAGAGGAAGUAGAGAAUGAUUAUGACGAAAAUUUCGAAUUAUCUCAAUCAGAUAUUGAAAAAGAGUUUGAAGCAUUUAAUAAUGAAGAUGAAAAGACUAAUAGUGGGAAAACUACUUUAGAAAACAAUACCACUGCUUAUAAAUGUCAAAUGUGCGAUGAAAUUUUUAUAAAAUUUCCUGACUAUAAAGCCCAUAAGAAGUUGCAUUUUAUAGAGAAACGCAGAUGCCCAAAGUGUAAUAUAGUUUGUCAAAGUAUUGGUAAGCUACAGGACCAUCUAAACAAACAUUUAGGUUUGAAACCGUUUAACUGUGAUGAAUGUGGUAAAUCGUUUAUUUCAAAACAUCAUGUAAAAUUACAUAAAAGAUGUCAUAAUAAAGAAAAAUCGUAUAAAUGUACAAAAUGUGAUAAAGCAUUUAGAAACAGAGGUUCGUUAAGAAGCCACCAACUUGUGCACCAAGAAAAAAUUAAAGAAUUCAUUUGUAAGAUAUGUAGUGAAGAUUGCCAAAACCUUCCAGACUUUAGGAAACACAUGGAAGGACAUGGUAAAAAAUCCGAGAUCAAAUGUGGACUUUGUAAUAAAACAUUUAAUAGCGAUCGAGGAUUGGAAUACCAUAUUAGUUUUCACAAAGAACUGAAAUUUCCUUGUGAGUACUGCGGAAGAAUAUAUCCGUCAAUGUAUAGGAUAAAACGACAUAUAAAGAGGGCCCACAUUCCAAAUGAAUGUGAUGAAUGUAAAGAGGUUUUUUACGAUCGAGCGCAGUUCACAAAACACAAAAAACAACACAAUGAAGGCAAGCCUGUGGAAUGCCAGUAUUGUCAGAAAAAGUUUGACAAAGCAAAAAAUUUAAGUGAACACAUCAGGUUGCAACACAAGCAAGAUGGAACUAAAAAGAAGUGCCACAUUUGUGAAAAAGAAUUCAUUAACACAGCUCUCUUGAAAAACCAUGUCAAAACCCAUGACAAGUGCUUUAAAUGCCCUCAUUGUGAUAAAGUAUUUGCUUCCAGAUAUAAUCUCGAAACACAUUCCGUAACACAUUCUGGAGCAAGGGACCAUAAAUGCAACCUUUGUGGGAAAGGUUAUUCGACAAAGAGUAGCUUAAAAAAUCAUAUUGCCACCCAUAGUGAAGAAAGAUCAUUCCAAUGUGACCAGUGUGCGAAAACUUUCAAAACGAAUCGUAGACUCUACGUUCAUAAAUUUUCUCAUGCAACAGAAGAAAAGUUCCAAUGUGAAAUUUGCCUGCAAAAAUUCAGAGUUAAACAGUACCUGAAGUACCAUAUGAUAAAGCAUUCUACUGUGAAACCGUAUGAAUGUGAGAUAUGCAAAAAGAGAUUCAAACACAAAAAGUCUUAUGAAAAACAUAUGAAUCAGGGUAAACACAAAAAAACCGAAGUCGAACACGACUGCGAUUUCUGUGAUGAAAGCUUUCCCACUCGAGAUCUACUUGUCGACCAUUUUGCCGAAGUACAUCACCAGGAGAAUAUUAUUAAUAAUAUAAGUGAGUGUGUAGGUAUGGCUGAUGAAAAUGAUGUGGAAGAUGUUACGAAUGAAGAGGAAAGUGAUGUCAAAAUUAAGGUAGAAAAAAGUGGUAACGUCGAUGGGAAGGUUCAAGUUAAAAAUGAGCCAGUGGAUGUCUAACUUUUCCAUUCUUAGUCUAAAUUUUAUAGAAUUAUUCAAAAAUGCUUUCAAUGAAAUUAUAACUAGUUUAGUUAUCUUUCGGAAUUGUUGGUUAUUAGCCUAUAGUAAUUAUUUUCUUUAGUAAAUUGCAAUUAACAAGAAAUUGUGGUAAAGAUAGAAUAUUUACAUUGGCUUAAACUUUUACGGCACAUUUUUUAAGAGGAAUAUGUUAUGGCUAGAGUUUGACAUUUUUUGUGCAAAUAAAGUGGCGAGAUAGCAAUUAUCAGACAGUAAUAAAAUAUUGUGUAAAACAAUAUUGUUGAGUUGGAGUUCUUAUGGGUGUAAAUUGAAGAUUGACCAUCGAAAAUAUAAAACGAAUCAAUUCUUACAGCUGUCAUACUGGGUUUUUUAUAAUAUAACUUAAUUUUUGUUCAGUGUGUGUGAUAUUCAAAUGUCUGUGAUUAAUAAUGAACAAUUUUGAUUAUUUUAAUAUAUUGUAAAUUUUUUUUUAUUUGGCACAGUUAUGCAACAAUUUACAAACUUCAAUUAAAUAGGCCUUUAAAUCAAUCUCAAUUUUGGUCAACUUGCCUGAAUUUUUGAUAUAAGUUAGUUUCAGGUAUAUAA